AACGUUCUUCGCUCAAGGGGUCGGCUAUUUGUAGAGAGGAUUUUGAGGCGAGGAGAGAGAGAGAGAGAGAGAGAGAGAGAGAGAGAGAGGGGCUUUGACAGAAGGAGAACCACUCCCUUUCUCUUUUUAUCAGGUCGUGAAACAAUGGGUGCUGGUGGCAGAAUGUCUCCUCCUUAUUCCCCGGGGAAGGUGGAAUCUCAUGUCUUGAAGCGAGCUCCUGACUCGAAGCCACCAUUCACGCUCGGGCAGCUCAAGAAAGCCAUUCCACCGCAUUGCUUCCGGCGUUCUGUUCUUCGCUCAUUCUCAUACGUUGUUUAUGACCUGAUCAUUGCCUCUCUCUUUUAUUACGUUGCUACCAAUUACUUCCACCUCCUUCCUCACCCUCUCUCUUAUGUGGCCUGGCCGAUUUAUUGUGCUGUCCAGGGAUGUGUCCUAACUGGCGUUUGGGUCUUGGCUCAUGAGUGUGGUCAUCAUGCCUUUAGUGACUAUCAAUGGCUCGAUGACAUCGUUGGUCUUAUCCUCCACUCUUGUCUCCUUGUCCCUUAUUUUUCAUGGAAACACAGCCAUCGCCGCCAUCAUUCCAACACGGGCUCUUUGGAGAGGGAUGAAGUUUUUGUCCCCAAACAGAAAUCUUCUAUCUCCUGGUUCUCCAAAUACCUCAACAACCCACCAGGUCGUUUUCUCACUAUUACCAUCACGCUUACUCUCGGCUGGCCUCUUUACCUAGCAUGCAAUGUUUCAGGCAGGCCUUAUGACAGGUUUGCCUGCCACUACGAUCCAUAUGGCCCUAUCUUCAAUGAUCGUGAGCGUGCGGAGAUAUAUAUUUCCGAUGCUGGUGUUCUUGCUGUCACUUAUGGGCUCUACCGCCUUGCAGUCGCAAAGGGGCUUGCUUGGGUUCUUUGUGUCUAUGGAGGACCAUUACUUGUGGUGAAUGCGUUUCUUGUUCUGAUCACAUAUUUGCAGCACACUCACGUCGCUUUGCCACAUUAUGAUUCUUCGGAGUGGGACUGGUUGAGAGGAGCUCUAGCAACUGUUGAUAGAGAUUAUGGAAUCUUGAACAAGGUUUUCCAUAACAUAACAGACACUCAUGUAGCUCACCAUUUGUUCUCAACGAUGCCACACUAUCACGCCAUGGAGGCUACCAAGGCAAUAAAACCAAUUUUGGGAGAAUACUACCAAUUCGACGGAACUCCAUUCUACAAGGCAAUGUGGAGAGAGGGCAAGGAGUGUAUUUAUGUUCAGCAAGACGAAGGUAAGCCGAAGAGCAAAGGUGUCUAUUGGUACUCGAACAAAUUUGAUUGAAAAUGUCAUCACGAAUGCAUCAGGGAAGUUUCAUUUUCCUGUUAUAGGAAUCUAGCUUCCCUUUCUUCAUGGCUUAGGGAGCAUCGAAUCUUAGAGCUGUUCUUCCUUCCGAAUAAUUGUCAGCUAUUUGAAGGUCCAGUUUGUAUUAGUUGCUGUUAAUUAAAACCUUGGUUUUAAUGUUGGCAAACAAACAUUAUUUCUUACAAAAA